AUGUUUGCGCCCAAGGCUUCCACGGGUGGCCUGUCCAUCAACACAGGCUCGGCCAAUUCUUUAUUUGGCGGUGCCAACUCACAGACUACAAAUUCCACUUCUACGCCCGGGACAUCAACCACAGCCGGGGGUCUUUUCUCAAACCCCGGGGCCGCUACAACACAAAACAAACCCGCGGGUGGGCUAUUCGGAGGAAAUACGCAGCAGCCACAGAGCACUGGGUCCAGUAUGUUUUCCGGUCUGGGGGGUCAGCAGCAGCAGGCUGCCACAACGAGUGCCGGCGGACUGUUCGGGAGCUCGACAGCCACCACCUCCCAGCCACAGACAAGCAGUGUCUUCGGCGGUGCGGCGACUGCCAACACCAGCGCCCCUCAAAGCGGGACGACGGGUGGUGGUCUCUUUGGCGGAGGUCUAGGAGCCAGCACCACCGCGACACAGCCCCAGGCCAAACCGGCUUUCGGUGGACUGGGCGGUUCGACAACGACAGGUGGAGGUCUUUUUGGCGGAGCUCAGAGUACCAUGCAACAACCACAGCAGCAACAGCAACAACCGCAAAAGCCUACCCUCUCCCUCUUCGGCAACCAAAGCACUACCCAAGGCGCACAACAGCCUCUACAGCAAAGCGCCGCAGCUACCGGGACGGUGGUUCCUGGGGUGAAGGUGGAUGUCAGCAACCUGCUUCCCACGACCAAAUUCGAGAGCUGCGCUGACGAGAUCCGCAACCACAUCGAGAUUAUCGACAACUACAUCCUCAACCAAAUGAAAGUCUGUCACGAGGUGGCCGAUAUGCUCCCCACCAUCGAGAAGCAAGGCAACACGAUCCCCAAUGACGUCGAGUUCGUGCAAGGCAAGCUCGAGACCAUGCAACACGCGCUGGAGAAUGACGCGAGCGACAUCGAUCAGUUGCGCAACCUCGUCACGCGGGACGCAGCCGAGGCGCAGGUGGCUUUCCGGGCCGUCGACACGCUAAAACUGCCACUGCAGUACCAAUCGGCCGGCGGUGGGUGGUGGUCCGCGCAAGACCAAAAGGUCCCUGACCGACAAUCUCUGCGCUCGACCCGCAAGAACACCCUUGCUCUCCCGGAUGAUGUGGAGGGCGACUCCACCGCGACCAGUGUUAACGGCGUGCCGGUCAACCUGGUGGAUUACUUCUCGCAGCGAUCGGAUGAGAUGGGGACCGUGCUGGAGCGGUACAAGGGCAACCUGAAAGAGAUUGAAGAUCAUCUACACGGCGUGGAGUUGACAUUGAACCGCCAGAUCAACGAGUUCGUCAGCUCCAAGUCUCGCGAUGGCGCGAGUACUUCCACACCCAAGUCGUCGAUCAAUGAGCUCGCGGCCGUGCUGGGCGACGUGGAAGCGGGCAUCCUGGGUGUUGCGGCGCGGCUGGGCAGUGUGUCGGAGCGGGUGCAGGAAGUGACUUGGGGGCCGCCGUCUAUCGGAGAGGGACGGUAG